AUGAGAAAGCCACCACGCCCUCAAAUUAAAAUACGCCAAUGUCGUUUCUGUGAGCGGUGGAUGGAUCAAAAUACUUUACUGGAUCAUUUACAAACACUUCAUGGUGAAGAUGGCAUUGAAGAAGCAGAAAAAAUGUUGCUUGCCAAAGAAAAGAAAGUCAAAUGUGAAGUGAGACAUUGUGGAUAUAUCGCCAAAAGCGAAUACGAUUAUAAAGUUCACAUGCGGAAAACACAUUUCUUGAUGGACGAGAGGAAGUAUCGCCAUAUGAAUUGUCCUCUUUGUGCCAAGUCGCUUAACGCUCAAGAAGAUUUGGUUGAGCAUUGCCGUGUUGUUCACGAAGUCAAGGACUGCGUCAUACAAGCACGUACAUUCAAGGAUGCGUACGAAUGCGAGAUGUGGAAGGAAUCUGUCGCAAAAACCCACUGCACUGCUUGGCUAAUAAAUGGCAGAUCGAAUGUGAAUGGAAAUCUCCAAGUUGCAUAUUAUCGAUGCAGCAGAGUCUUCAAAAAACGGUAUCGUUGGCGAUCAGAACCGAGGAAAUCACCAACCGUGGCGAUCGUGAACUAUUGCACCUCAUUCCUGAAGGAAAUGUACGCUCAUGAUGGUACAGUUACCGUUAAAUACUGCUUGGGACAUGUCAAUCAUGACGUCAGCCCUGCUAAUCUGCCUCUCUCGAAUAGUGAUAAAGCUGUCAUUGCGAAUUAUUUGCGGCAGGGAUUCGAUGCGGAAGUCGUAAGAGAGGUGAUACGACGAGAAUUCACUGACCCGAGAACGAAACUUCAUUAUUUGACUACAAAUGAUAUCAAGAAGAUUUUGUCGAAUCUCGCUUCGAGUCAGCGAAGACUGGAGGAAAUUGUUGGUACCUCGGAUGAAAGUAUAAGGGAGUUCUCUGAGCCAAUCUCCGCCUCGGCGCUGCUGCAAGCACCCUCUGACAGCAGUGAAGGUUCCGCAUGUGAUGAUAUAGGCGAUGAAGCGAUCAACGACCGCUCAUCAGAAUCGGAUAUCCCAGCCGAAUCGCUUCCUGGCUGCGCAUCUUGUGCGAAAUUAACUGAAAGGGUAGCCGAGCUUGAAGCAAUCGUAAAGAAGCUGAACAGUAAGGUACUAGAGCUUGAAGGUGCUCAUUUAUACGAUCGUGUGAUCAAAGUUGACAGCGACAGCUUAGUGAAGCAAGAAAUGAGCUGA